CUCUACUCGAGCCCCCCCGCUUCCUACGGCGCCCCCUCCCCCUCCUACGGCCCCCCUUCCUCCUCGUACGGCCCUCCCUCUUCUUCGUACGGCCCUCCCAGCGGCGGCUACGGCUGUCCCGAUGGACAGGUCGUGGGUCCUGACGGGAACUGCGCCACGCCCGUCAUAACGAGGAACGUGUUCGUGUACACCGCCCCCGAGCAGCCGCCCGUGAACCUCCCCGCCCCAUACAUCCCUCCCCCCGAGGUGCAGCACAACAUCCUUUUCAUCCGCACGCCCGAGAAGGCGGCCAGCCCCGAGCCCAUCGUGAUCCCUCCGCCCCGCCAGCAGAGCAUCGUCUACGUGCUCAACAAGCAGCAGGCUGAAGGCCAGAAGGUCAUCGAAUUGCCGAGCGACGGCCCGCAGACGCCGGAGGUCUAUUUCGUCAACUACGAAGAGGGAGACAACCCCAUCCUUCCCAGCGGCUUCGACCUCCAGACGGGUCUCCAGGCGGCGGCCAAUGGUGGAGGUCAGGUCCUAUAUAGCGCCCCUGCUGCUCCUGCUGAUAGCUACUCUGCCAUCUAAGAGGCUCUCUGAGGUCUGGACCUGAAGCCACGAAGUCCCAGACUCGAAAUUCCUGUCGCUCCUUCAAGGCGGAGAGGGAACUUCAACCUCGAUAGCAUGUCUCUUUAGCUCUUAGUCGAUAACCAAAUGUAUCCUUAGGAAAAGCUAGAACGCGGCUGGAGGAGGUAGCUGGCUAUCACUCCCUUUGUGUACUCGUAGUUUUAGGACGGAGCUCGCAGCCGCCGACCCUCAGAUCACCGUCGCUUCUGUUGCCUGGUCGUGCGCAACAGAACCCCAGUGCUUCGCUUGCAGUAGGAGUCGAGUCGCCGUGAUAUGAAGGAUUUCUAUAAUC